GAGUCGGUCUUCCUCUCUCGGAGAGCCGAUACAUUUGGCCGGUUGACGCUAGUACUUUAGAAUGUUGGCAUGAGCUCACGCUUUGAAGAUUUCAAUCAAGGAUGCACAUUUGCUCUCUCACUCAUCCAACAAGAGAAAGACAGAGCGAGAGAGAAGGACAGUCUGAGGAUAGACAUCAUGUGUCAAGCUUGUAUGUUUCGUUGUUUUUAGAUUGAUUUAGCAUUCCUGGCAUAGCAGCACAGUGCUUUCAUUGCAUUAACCGGUUGUCGACGGUUGCUUGCUCUGUGUGUUCACUCAGUGUACAUUCCCCAUAAGCAGAAUGUGUAACAGCGGUGGGAUACUGCUAUUUGUAUGUGGUUUGCGUGCAACCUUCUCUCAGCCCAUCAUGCAUUCAUGAGUCGAGAGCCAAGCCUGUAUACCCCCCUGACACAAACAUGUUUGCGUUUCCAACCAUAUUUUGUGGACAAACACGAAAAUGAAAUAUUAGUCAGUGAAAAUAGGCCCAGCUGCAAGGAGGAUCUUCAUUACUGUGUAGCUCAUUUUGCCAUGGAAUCACGCGGAUAAUUUUUGUCUCUGGAAAUCACUCCUUGGCGUCGCACAGAUGGACAUCCGAAAGGCGAGGAUACUCUUUCAAGGGUACGUUCUCCGGCUGGUGAAAUUAUUUCCAACAGUUCCUGUCAGGCCCGGUCUGCCUUGUCCUGGCGAAGACAGAAACAUAUACAGACGAGGAGCUCGGCGAUGGAGAAAACUAUACAAAGUCAAUGGACAUACAUUCCAAGCCAAAAGAUUCAGUCGAAGGGCUCUGUGUGCCUACUGCGCAGACCGUAUCUGGGGACUUGGGCGGCAGGGAUACAAGUGCGUUGACUGUAAGCUCCUCGUUCACAAGAAAUGCCAUCGUCUUGUGAAGGUAUCAUGUGCAGAGAGACAGGCCAAUCUUCCUACCCUGGACGAGAGGAGCGGGUCGGGGAGCUUGCCACACUUCGGUUCCAAGCCGGGUGAUAGAAGCGACUCUCAUCACAAGCGAACCCCUACUGGCCCCAUGUCCCAGCCCCAUUCUGCCACUUCCACCACCCUUAAAGACCCCUCACACGCACCCCACUCCUAUUCCUCCUCUUCCUCCUCCACGCGUCAACAAGGGUCGGCCCUUCACACCGGGCCCUACUCUGGCUUUGAUAACGCCGCCUUUUUCGGGGGUAGCGGGCGCAGCGACCGGGAUUCGAUGGACUCCUUGGACUCGGACCAUUUAGGCAAAAGCGGAAGCCCAAGGCAUAGACGCAAAAAUAGAGAUAGUACUGCUUCUUCAACACCUUCCUCGGCACCAAAUGGAAAUGACAAGAUAGGCAACUCUCCAAUCUCAUUGGACGAUUUUGAAUUGCUGCGGGUCAUAGGUCGUGGAAGUUAUGCCAAGGUGCUACUUGUCGAAUUGAAGGCGACCAGUCGUGUUUAUGCCAUGAAGGUAAUCAAGAAGGAACUGGUCACCGACGAUGAGGACAUCGACUGGGUCCAGACGGAGAAGCACGUCUUUGAGACGGCUUCCAACCAUCCAUUCCUGGUCGGGCUCCACUCCUGCUUCCAGACCGUCAGUAGACUGUUCUUUGUGAUUGAGUUUGUGAGUGGAGGCGAUCUCAUGUUUCACAUGCAGAGACAACGACGCUUGCCAGAGGAACACGCCAGGUUCUACUCCUCAGAAAUAAGUUUGGCUCUCAACUUCUUACACGAAGGAGGUGUGAUAUAUCGAGAUUUGAAGCUGGACAACGUCUUACUGGACGCUGACGGCCACAUUAAACUGACGGACUACGGGAUGUGUAAAGAGGGUCUCAGGCCUGGCGACACCACCAGUACAUUUUGUGGAACACCCAACUACAUCGCUCCAGAAAUCCUGAGAGGGGAAGACUACGAUUUCAGUGUUGACUGGUGGGCCCUUGGAGUACUGAUGUUUGAAAUGCUAGCUGGACGAUCACCGUUUGACAUCGUCGGCAACGCCGACCAUCCUGACCAAAAUACAGAAGACUAUCUAUUCCAAGUUAUCCUUGAGAAACCAAUUAGGAUACCAAGGUCUUUGUCUGUCAAGGCUGCAUCAGUACUCAAAGGAUUCCUAAAUAAGAAUCCUAUAGAGCGUUUAGGAUGUCAUCCACAGACUGGUUUUGGUGACAUCACUGGACAUCCUUUCUUCAAGACUAUAGACUGGGAGAGGAUUGAAUCCCGCCAGGUGACCCCGCCCUAUAAGCCACACCUUCAAAGCGACCGUGACCUCGAACAUUUUGACCCUCAGUUUACGGAGGAACCAAUACAGCUGACCCCAGAUGACCCGGGUGUUCUAAGUCAGAUAGAUCAAGGGGAGUUUGAAGGCUUCGAGUACAUCAACCCUCUACUCAUGUCCGGCGAAGAAUGUGUGUGAUCCGUGUGUCUGUCAUCCUUCUCUACUCCAAUAAUUUAUUUGCACCUUGAAAGAUGAUGUUAGUCUUUGUCACCAGCUGUUUGCAUGUCAAAUCAAAAGAAGCAAAGGGCAGAGUGUGAAACGUAGCAUUGAAACGAAUGAAGAGAGACUAAGCUUGGGGGUGGAUCUAGCUAUGGCACUAUAAUGCAUUCUUGUGUUAACCCAUAAAGCAACACAGCUUCAUUAGGUCAAAUUUAAUAUGUAUUUGCUUAUCAAAUUGGCAACAGUAAUUUUCUUUUCAUUUUCAUACUUAAAAAAAAUAAUACCGAUACGAUAUCAGUCAAAAGGUGUGAUUACAGCGGGAUUCAAACAAAAGGUUGCCAAUUUGCAUUUUCAAAUAGUGAUAUUGUUGUUUUCACAAUGUUAAUAAUUCAGAAUAUAUAAUGUUGGUGUAUUUAAUAUCAUUCACUUAUUUGUAUUCAUGAAAGGUCAAUAUAUCAUUGCAUGAAAAUUAAUCAAUAUUGGGGCAAGAAAUUCUGUCUGUCACAGACAGUUGGAAAAAGUUCUAGUCUCGGUUUACAGAUUGCUGUGUAGCUACAACGGCUAUUGGGUGCUUUAAUGUUGAACAUCAUUUUACCCUUAGCCUGAUAUAGACCAAAGAAAGAAAAAUCUUAUUGUAUUCUUAUUCACAACGGCAAGAAGAUGGGCAUUGAACCAGAGAUUCUGUGCUUUGGGGCCCUGUGUUGCAAACCACAGAGCCUCGUAUAAUGUUGGCUGAUGGGAUGAUUGCUUGGAUAUAUUGCAGUUGAAUUUGAAAAAAAAUGUGUAUGAAAUAGUUCAAUAUUUAAUAUUCAAAUAUUCAAUUAUUCAAAUAUUUAAUAAAUUGAUGUUUUGUGAAAUUUAGCCUUUUGGCCCCUCCAAUGUAUGCCAGCCAGCCCCAAGAACAAAGAUGUAUGGGUAUGUCUGAGUUUUUUCUGUGUGUAUUGAAUGAAUAUGUGUAUUCAAAUGUAGCAUCGCGAUGUGCUUGGAAAUAAAUGAGUGUGAUCCUAUCUGAAUUCAAUGAAAUUAAAAAUAUGAUAUAAAUGUAUAGAUAUAAUUAUUCAACCGUUAUUAAACUGUGCAUACAUUUCAGCUAAUUGUAGAAUUUAAAAGACAGUUACUGUGAAGCUACAAUGCUAUGUGCUCUUUGUUAAAAGUAGCCAAAAUUGCUUACGAGUCGUGUUCAUCAUCAUCAAUGUACAGUGAAACCUCAAUAUAUAUAAAGACCGCCCUCAGGGGCAAGAAAACCAGUCUUUAUGAGCAGGUUCUUGUAAUACACGUUUUAAUGAGAGAAAUCAUGCAAGGGUAACAAAAUUUUGUGGUCUUUACAGUCAGGUGACCCUGCUAUGCAUAUGGUUGCUGAAGCAAGGUUGACUGUAUUCUAAAGUUAAAGAUACUUUUGACAAUACAACCUAACAUCAGAUGAUAAACUGCAAAGAUUUUUAGUCUCUUCUGGCAAAUGAAAUAUAUUCUUGUACAUGUAUGACUCCCUUCUCCCUGAAAGGUUUUCGAAGUAUCCAUGUGGUCAAAUCAGUAUUGUGAGCAUAUAUAAUAGUGACGAUUUGUGACAGUAUAUAUUUCUCUAAGGAACAUCAAAAGGAACUGCUGCGCUUAGAAGUGAUUGAUUGUGCCUAGAUUUUUUUAUUAUUUACAAAUGCCUUAUUUAGAGCUAAGUGCUUUCAAAUGCUUGUUGAUAGAGUAAUUGUCUGCGGUAUAAAUGCUUCUUGAAUGAUAUGAAUGUUGUGACAUUGAUAAUGGUCCCAUGUGCUUGUUUAGAUGUUGGAAAUUGGUGAUAGAUGUGAUGGAUGUUUUUAUUAUAAAGUUGGAGGAAAAUAUUUGUUAAACAGACUUCAUGUUUACAAAAUGACCCACUCUUGGGAGUGUUUCAUGAAGCAUUUUGUCAGGGAUUUUCACUGGAAACUUAUAAGCUACUGAAAUCCUUGCAUCUGAUUGGCUGGGAGCAUCUUUGUCAGUGAAAAUCAUAUGUUUCAUGAAAACCACCCCUAAUGUCAUUGUCAGAAAUAUAGCAAUAUUGGUCUCUGUACGUGGAGAAUUGAUUCAAGUUUUCAUCAUAAUCAUAUUUUUCCCUUGUCUAAAUCAAUCACAUACCAUUAAUUGCACUCUAUCUUACUGUCUCUCCCUUUCACUCUCUCCCUGUCACUCUCUUUCUCUCUACCUCUCUCUCUCUUCCCCCCAUCUAUCUUUAUCGCACACACACACUCCCAGUCUGUGGUCUAUCCCUUUCUCUUUCUAGAGCUUUAUUUCAUUCUUUUCCCCCUCUUUCUUUCUCUAUCUAAGAGAAACCCUAGUCUAUCUGUCUAUCGAUCAAUCUAUCUCUCUAUCUUUGCAUCAAGAAAAGAUUAAGCACUCAUUCAAGACUGCUAUGCAUAUGAGAUGCACUCAUUCCAUAAUGAAAAGUUUUUACCGUGCCAUGUGAUGUGAUACAUACCCUCACUCUGUAUGCAUUUUCCAUUUAUUGUACAUCAGUACUACUGAUUUAGUUCCUGUAUUAUGUAACCAUAUGUUCAUUUUAUAAAUAUUAUAUCAUUCUCUCUCAAAAAAAUAUGUGUGAAUUUAUCUGUGCUCUUUGCAUUCACCUGUCAAUUGCCUUAAUUUUUGCUUCUUUUUUUUUAAAUAAUUUCACACCAAUGCAUUUUAUUUUGCUAAAUUGUGGGUGUUUAGUUGGUUACUGUUGUUAUAUUACCCUCUGGCUUCUAGAGAUAAAUAAUAUGGUAAAUUUUAAUUUACUUUUGUGUGAGAGAUGAAGAAAUAAUAUUUGAAAAUACCUCAUUUUACAAUGUAGUUUAUUAUUUUUUAAACAGUUAUAAUUUUAUGUAUUCAUUUUCAUGCUGUGAGCAUGGAAGUAGUCAGUGUUAAUAUAUAGACAGGAAUUAUACACUGAAUGAGAAUUUGGUAAAACUACUUACAGAGAUAAACUAGGAAUCUUUAUAAAUGGAGAAACACGAUGCAAUUUCCAUGCACUCAAGCCAUGACAAAUCACUUGCUUUCUCUUAAUUGAUUUUUGUAAAUUCCCUUUUAAAUAAACCCUAGUUAUACAACAAUAAAGCUCUCCAUUUCUUCUUGAAAACAUAAUUCCCUAAGAUGUAAAUGGAACAUUCCACUUGAGCACCAAAUGAUGUACAUAAGAGGGCUCUUCCAUUUUCUCUGAAGAGCUGGUCAGCCUUCUUGUACUUUAUCUUUUGUGUUAUGUGUUCGCUAUAUGUAUUUGUAAUUUUAUGUACAUAUUUUGUUUAUAUUUAGUCUUGUAAUGUAUAUUUUUAUUAUGUCAGAUAUUUGUAUUCAGUAACAAUGACUUUAUGUAAUAAUAUUAUAUGAUUGGAUUUCUUUAGUGCACCUACAAGAUUAUGUUAUAGAUUUUCACUAUAUGUGGAACUUUGAACAUAUUUUUAUAUAUACUCCUUUUUUAUUUCUUUUAUUUCCCCUUUUCUUUUACCUUUCUUUACAUCUUUUUCCUUUUUUUAAUAUGCACCAGAAAAAUCUUGCCGCCUUUUCUUACUCCCUCUCUGUCUCUCUCUCCACAUUUUCAUUUCUUUUGAGUUUGGUAAGAUUGAGUAGUUAGCCUAAUAUAUUUAACAUAUUGAUAAGAAAAUAAGCAUUACUUGAAUGAACUAACUUAUAGGCCUUCCAAAAUGGUGAAUAAAGUUGGCUGUUGAUCAAUGUGUGAAUAAAAAAUAAAUUUCCCUUAUAUGGGUUCUGAGAAUGAUUUUCAAGGCA